CGCAUGAUCCAUCCAUAUCAAGUUUUAACUUGUGGUGUGGUUGUGCACGUUUUAAACCAUAUUAUUUUACUGUGGUGCGGUGUGGAGUGAUCAAGUGAGGCGUUUUUAAUUUUAAGAAAAACGUGUAUUUUAUAAUGUAAUUGUAAAAGAACUACGACUAAUCUAAAGAACUACUAAAACUUACUAAAAAAUAUGAGUGACCCUAAGAAGCAUUGCUGUCCAUACGAAGGAUGUAAAGCUGCGUUUAACAGGCCGUACAGAUUAACUCAGCACCUCCUAGUCCAUAACAAUGUCAAGGCUUAUGCUUGUUGUGAAGAGAACUGUUGCAAAUCUUACACGAGCAAAAGCCAUUUGGAACGUCACAUAAAUAUAGUUCAUAGGCGGUAUGAUGAAGAUGUAAUUUAUAGCUGCCCAACAUGUCAGAACAAAUAUGCAAAUCGACAGAAUCUAAAGAGACACAUCAAAAUCCAUCACAACUUAAGAAUUCCAUUUUCUUGUGACAGUUGUAACAUAGACUUCAAAAAGAAACAUCAACUCAGUGCUCAUAUGUACAUUCACACUGGCAUUAAAGCAUUCAGCUGUGAAAUAUGUUCCAAAGAAUUUGUAACUCUACUUGAGAAGAAAAAGCAUAUGAGAUGUCAUAAAAAUUACAAAUGUUCCGAAUGCCCACAAAUAUUCAAACAGUGGUCAAAAUACCAGGCACAUUUGAAAUCUGAUCAUGAGAGUAAAGAAUACAUCUGUGACAUUUGUGGACGGGCGUUCAAACAGAGAACUCAUAUAAUUCGUCAUAUUAGAAUUCAUGACCCGUCAAAAGUAAUUCAAUGUCCGUAUGAAAAUUGUAGCAGAUUUUAUUCCAGGAAUAGUAAUCUGAAGCAGCACAUGCUGAUGAAACAUGAAAAAAUUACUCAUGACUGCUCUAUUUGUAAUGCCAAACUUUCAACUAAGAAGAAAUUGCAGGAACACACAGUGAAAAUGCACAAGUCUGAACAAAAAGUAAGGGUUCCCAAAACUAAAUUAAUGGGACGGAAAGUAAGAAAGGACAUUGGCUCCCUGAAGUUAUCAACAGCUCUUCAAUUAUCAGGAUUACCUGCCACGUCGGAAAAAAAUCCAGUGGAGGAAACUGAAUUAGUUGUUGUUAAUGUAGCAUGAUUAACAAAAAAAAUGUUAUGUUGCACAACUAGAAGUUGAGACAAAGAGAGCAUGAGAUAUUGAUCUGCGAAGAGAAAGCUGUAGGUUUGCUGUAGAUACCAGAUUUUAUUAGAUCGUAUCCUCUAAAUCGAUUUAGUUUCCAACAAAUAUUACAAUUGUCAAAUUAAGUGAAAAAAUAUCAAAAAAAAAAUACAAAUAAAUAAUGAGAAGAAUGCU